AUGAACAGCGCUAACGACGCUGCUUCGGCUUUCGAAAUUCUAACUCAAAAAUCUCCUGUCAACAAUAAUAAUGCAGCUCUCAGCAAGCGGCACGUCGCGGGCGACGUCCAAAUCCUGGACUCGCAGCUCGACGACAGCGACCGCAGCCAAGAGACAGAACCUCCCAAAAACUUGUGGCAAAGAGUCAAGAAAGCAGCCCGGUUUGAACGUCACAACGAAUACGACGAGCCUCCCAAGAAUUUGGGCGAGAAAAUAGUGCGUUUCCUGGAAGUGCACCAGCACAAACGUGCCUCAGCCAACCGUUCCGAAAACAUCGUAGAAUCGUUUCUAUUUAACGACGAUUUGGCGCCCGUUGAAGCCGAAAGAAGAGUGUGGGACUGGAAGCAAUACGUUUUUUUCUGGAUUUCAGGUUCCUUCAACGUCAACACCUGGCAAAUCUCGGCAACCGGUAUGCAGCUGGGUCUGAACUGGUGGCAGACCUGGAUCUGUAUCUGGAUAGGGUACAUCUUCGUUGCUUUUUUCGUUGUCAUCAACUCGCGUAUUGGUAACUUUUACCACAUUGCCUUCCCCAUCUCGUCCAGAAUUGCGUACGGUAUCUAUUUCUCCCUCUGGAUUGUGUUGAACAGAGUGGUCAUGGGCUGUGUUUGGUACAGUGUGCAAACUUACAUUGGGUCUCAAACCGUGCAGCUAAUGCUGAUGUCCAUCUUCGGAACUGAUCUGAAGGAGCGUAUCCCCAACACCAUGAACACGCAGAACAUCACGACUUUCGGAUUCAUGUGCUUCAUGAUUUUCUGGGGUGCCCAACUGCCUGCCCUUUGGUUCCCUCCACAAACUCUGCGUUACUUGUUUACUCUCAAGAGUAUCAUUACACCAUUUGCAGCCUUUGGAUUCCUCAUCUGGACCCUGAAAAAAGCGGAUGGUCACUUGGCGCUAGGUUCCUUGACCACCUCGCAUCCUACAGGCUCAGUCCUCGGUUGGAACUUUAUCAUCAGUAUCAUGAGCGCUCUGGACAACUUCUCUACUUUGAUCUUGAACGCUCCUGAUUUUUCACGUUUUGCAAGAACGCCGCGUUCCUCGAUCUACUCCCAAAUGAUCAUUUUGCCAUUGAUGUAUGCCAUUAUUUCGAUCAUUGGUAUUCUGGUAACAUCUGCUGCCUUCACAAUGUACGGAGUCAACUACUGGUCGCCAUUGGACGUUUUGGCCAGAUUUUUGGACCACCAAACUGCCGGUAACAGGGGGGGUGUCUUUAUGAUUGCCCUAUGUUUUGGUAUUGCCCAGCUGGGUACCAACAUCGCGUCUAACUCCAUUUCUGUGGGUACUGACAUGACUGCUAUUUUGCCUAAAUUCAUCAACAUUAGAAGAGGUGGUUACAUCUGUGCCGCUAUUUCGCUCGCUAUCUGCCCAUGGAAUUUAAUGGCGUCAUCUUCCAAGUUUACGACUGCUUUGUCUGCGUACGCCGUGUUCCUAUCGUCUAUCUCUGGUGUGGUGUGUGCGGACUACUACGUGGUGAGAAAGGGGUUGAUCAAACUACAGCACUGCUACACCAACAGACCAAACAGUCUCUACAUGUACGGAACCAGAUUUGGUACCAACUGGAAAGCUGUGAUUUCGUAUGUGCUGGGAAUUGUGCCAAAUUUCCCAGGCUUUUUGGGAGCUUUGGACGUUAAAGUCCCCAAGAACGCAAUGCACAUAUACUACCUCAAUUAUUUCGUCGGAUUUUUGAUUUCCUUCACACUGUACAGUGGUAUCUGCUACUUUUUCCCUGUUCCCGGCAUGCCCGAAGGCGUGGGAUACUUUGAUUUCUCGCGGUGGUUUGAGAAGUGGACCGAAGUCGAGGACUUUGUGGAAGAGAGAAGAAAGUUCGAAGUCGACGGCGAUGACGACGGCGAGGGAGACCUAGGCUCCACGGAUGAGCUGUCAUCUACAGUGAUGGAAAACAUCAAAAAUACGGAGAAAGUAUAG